AUGACGUCAUCACGGGGCGUGUCCUGCGGCGGCUGGCCAAUCACGGCGCCUGCGUGCGUGACGUCAGCUGGAGCCCCGAGGGGGCGUGGCUCGCCAGCGCCUCGCCGCCUGACCUCCUCGGCCGCCGCCUGGACCUGGCUCCUGAUUGGCUCCCUGCUGGUGGCCUCCCACCCCUGGCUCCGCCCCCCCUGGGGCGCCGCCCUCCGCGCCCUCGCCCGAUUGGCCGUCGGCCUGGCGCUCUCGCGGGCCGGCCACGCCCUCGGCCACGCCCUGGAGGCGGCCACGGGCGCCUGCACCUCCCCCACCCCGCUGGGGACCCUCCUGGUGCCCCUGGGAGACCCCGCGGCCUGCCGGGGGGCGGGGCACAGCUGGGAGGGGUUUAGCCCCGCCCCCCAGGCCUUCGCGCUGGUGCACUGCGGGCUGGGAUUGGCCGAGGAGGCGGCGGCGCUGGGGCGGAGCCUGUACGGGCCCAAGAUGGCCGCCGGGGCGGCCAAGAUGGCCGCCGGAUCCAAGAUGACCGCCGGACCCAAGAUGGCCGCCGGAUCCAAGAUGGCCGCCGGAUCCAAGAUGGCGCCCUGGUACAAGAUGGCGCCCUGGUACAAGAUGGCCGCUGGGCACGACGUGAGGGAGGAAUCCAAGAUGGCCGCCGGCUAUGACGGAAGUGAAGAAUCCAAGAUGGCCGCCGGCUAUGACGGAAGUGAAGAAUCCAAGAUGGCCGCCGGAUACAAGAUGGCCGCCGGAUAUGAUGCGAGCGAAGAAUCCAAGAUGGCCGCCGGGUACAAGAUGGCGGAGGAAUCCAAGAUGGCGCCCGGAUCCAAGAUGGCGGCCCGCUACAAGAUGGAGGAAGGAUCCAAGAUGGCCGCCGAGUGGCCGCGCCCAACAUGGCGGCCGGGCUCGCCGCCGCCUCGCCCAAUCGGCUUCGAGUGGGCGGGGCCUCCUCACUACGGCUGGGGCGGGGCCGGCGGCCAUCUUGGGCGGCCAUUUUGGGGCGGGGGCGGCCAUUUUGAAGAGCGGAGCGGCGGCCAUUUUGAUUUCGGCGGCCAUCUUGAAGGGAGAAGCCUCGGCCAUUUUGAAUCCGGCCGCCAUUUUGAAUCCGGCCGCCAUUUUGAUUCCGGCCGCCAUCUUGAAGGGAGAAGCCUCGGCCAUUUUGAAUCCGGCCGCCAUUUUGAUUCCGGCCGCCAUUUUGAUUCCGGCCGCCAUCUUGAAGGAAGAAGCCUCGGCCAUUUUGAUUCCGGCGGCCAUUUUGACUACAGCGGCCAUUUUGAUUCCGCCGGCCAUUUUGACCCCGCCGGCCGCCAUUUUGACCACCCGGGCGGCCAUUUUGGCCCCGCCGGCCGCCAUUUUGACCCCGCCGGCCGCCAUUUUCUCAGCGCUUCUCCCCAAUUUGAAGGCGGCCAUCUUGCCGGCGGCCAUGUUGCGGCCCCGCCCGCCGCCCUGUCCAUCCUGUACCUGCUGGCCGUGGCCCUGCUGGUCACGUGGCACCUCCUGCUGGUGGUGACGCUCACCUACCGCCACACCUGGGCCCGCAACGCCGCCGGCGCCGCCCUGGGCUGGGCCGCCUGGGCCCUCACCUACCGGGGGUGGUACCGGUGGGCGUGGUCACCGGGGCCGCCGGGGUGGGGCUGAGCGGCGCGGCCAAUGAGGAAAAAGCGAAAAAAUCCCGUGAAAAAAUAAAGAAAAUUAGGGGAAAAAAUGAAAAAUU